AUGCUUGGUUGUUUUAAAAAGAAUAAAGAAGAAAAAGAAGAUAUAAAAAGUGCAGAUAGGAAAUCCGAUCCUAACUCAGAAGAAGAAAUUUCAGAUGGCGGGAAAAUUCCAAAAGUGACGUUUAGUGAACACAUAACUUCAGAUGAUGAAUCUAUUUCGACCAAAAGUCGGGUUAAAGGAACUCAAGCAAAGCAAUUACCUUCUGAUGAAAGCUCCAUGAUGGAAACAGAGGAAGCAAUAAAAAGAGAAGACACAUCUGACCUAAAAGCGAAAAAAAGUGCAGUUGAUAAAGCAAAGCGAUUGAUAUCUGAAGUGAGCAAGAGAAAUAUUGUCGAUUCUGAAGAAAAAUUAGGCAAAGAUCCCUCUGAUUUUUCUAAAAGCUUCAAAGAGAUUCCGAAAGUGGCAAUCAGCAAACAAGUUGCCUUGGAUGACAAGCCUGAAAUGAGUAAAGAAUUUAUAGACGAAAUUCAAGCGAAACAGUUGGUUUCUGACGUUUGGGAAGAGGCACUUAAAAAGUCAAAAUCGGAAACCAAUGUAGCGAAGAAGGAAGCUGCUUUUGAUAAAGUAAAGAAAGUUAUGUCUGCAACUAUCAUGAUGAGAGGCGCAGAUUAUAAGACAAAGUUUGAUUCUAAAUCGAGCAUUCAAGGAAUUCCGGAAGUGACCGGAAGCAAACACGUUGCUUUGGACCACAAGCCAAAAUUACGCAAAAAAAUGGUAACUGAACAACAAGCAAAGCAAUUUGUUUCUGACAUCGAUGAGAAAGCUACGGACGGUCAAGCUAUAGAAAAGACAUCUCAGACUGAUUUGUCAGAUCUAAAAAGAAAAGAAGUUGCGAUUGAUAAAGCAAAAAAGCUCAUUUCUGCUGUCAGCAAAAGAGAUGCUGCUUCCGAAGACGAAAAAAUAAGCGAAUUAUCGUUAGAAGUCGAUAAAGGAAAUACCAGUAAAAAAGAAUCCGCUAUUAGUAAAGCCAAACUGUUACUUUCGGCAAUAAGCCAGAAAGACAUAACAAGUGAUAAACAACUACUAAAUACCGAAACAACUCCCAAGAGCGAAGAAGCGUACUUAGAAGAUUCAGAUAUUCAAAUAUGUGAGUCGAUAGAAUCAUUAAAGAUAGACUUCGGAGGCGGAAUCGAUUACGACAUUCAAGAUAUUGUGAAUGAAGCUGGUUACGGAAAGUUCCAGAAGAUAUUAUUCUUCCUUUGUGGAAUAGCAUGGAUGAUCGCCAACUACGAGUUGAUGCUCAUUACCAUAAUUGGCGACCUUGUAGCUUGUGAAUGGACUGUCUAUGGGUGGCAAAAUGCAUUUUUGACCUCGGCCGUGUUCAUCGGUGCCUUUAUAGGGGCACUCGCUUUUGGAAUGUUAGCGGAUAUUUUUGGAAGGAAGAGGUCCCUUGGGAUGAGUACUCUUCUAUUGUUUGUGAUCCUCGCUACGACCGUCCUCUCCACCAAGCUGACCGUCCUGCUCAUUUUUAGGUGUCUGUUUGGAUUCGCCCUCGGAGGUCUAGGGCAAGUGUGCGUUCAUUCACACCUUACAUUUUUACUAGGGAUAGAAUACUACCCUAUAAAAGAUCGGGGAACAGCCAGUAUAUAUCUCACUUUUUACUGGAGCGCUGGAUCGCUACUUCUCAUAAUAACAACAAGUUUCAUCAUGCAUAUUUUGGAUAGUUGGAGAUGGUUAAUGAUAGUGUGUUCAUUUCCUGUUUUGUGCUUGUUUUUUGCUAUUAAGUGGUACCCUGAAAGUGCUAGAUUUUAUCUGGUCAGCCAUCAGUACAGCCGAGCGGUGAAGCAAUUGGAGCAGAUGCUGGAGAUGAACAAAGUGAGGAUACCUCCAGGGCGAUUGAAGAAAGUCUCGCAGAUAGAAGAAAGAGGAAACCUUCUGUCUCUUCUCAGGAAGGAGUACAUAGCAACCACUCUGAUGCUUUGGUACAUAUGCUUUGCUGCCAGUUUUACAUAUUACGGAAUCAUCCUGAUUACACCAUUUGUGGUGAAAAUUGGAAGCCCCAGAGUUCUCGCUGAAACUUUUGGAAACUCUACUGAUGUAUUCACAGCACAAAUACCAUGUCAGAGGUACACUUAUUUACAAUAUGUGCAUCUUUUUUGGACAACGACGUCUGAAAUACCAGGUUUGUUCGUUUUCAUCGUCCUGAUCGAACGGAUGCAACGCAAAAUGCUCCUCUCCGUCUCUUGUAUUAUUACAGCCAUUUUGUUCUUCAUGCUGCUCAUCAAUACAAGGCAUACAGUUGCCAUGUUUGCAAUCCUGUUUUUUGUUAGAGCCUCAGCUCAAGCCUCCUGCAUGCUGUCCCUUCUCAUGAUGUCUGAGGUCUAUCCAACUACAAUGCGGGCCAUCAGCUUUGGCUCAGCAUCAGCAUUUGCCGUAUUAGGAGGAGCGAUAGUGCCAUUUGUAACUCAGGCUUUGGUGAUACCUUAUCCUAUUCCUACGACUUCUACGACUGGUUCUCUCAUCCUUCUGGCUGGAAUAAUAGCGGCCUGUUUACCAAGAGAUACAAAAGAUACACGAAUAGAGGAUCUCACCAGCAAUCAUCUAUACCACGAUGCUUCAAAAACGGGACAGAGACCCUAAGAUGAAUGGAUGCUCCAUUUUUAACUCCUACUCGAUAAGCAGAAAUUCCAAUGUUAUCUAAAAAUUUGGGCAGAUAUUAACUGCAAAUGUGGAUCAGAAGAGUCCAGCGUAAUCAACAAACUCCUGCGAAAAUGCAAGUCUUUUAGUUUUUUAAAAUAUUCUCAAGUUGUAAUUUUGAAUUCUUCUUGGAAUGAUGUAUAAAUAUUUUUUCAUAA